CACUUCCGCUUCCGGCGGCUUCGCGGGGCGAGCGUCGCAGCGAUGGCGGCGGGCGGCAGUGAUCCGCGGGCUGGCGACGUGGAAGAGGACGCCUCGCAACUCAUCUUUCCCAAAGAGUUUGAAACGGCUGAGACUCUCCUAAAUUCAGAAGUUCAUAUGCUUCUGGAGCAUCGAAAGCAGCAGAAUGAGAGUGCAGAGGAUGAACAGGAGCUGUCGGGGGUCUUCAUGAAAACUUUGAAUUACACAGCUCGAUUCAGUCGUUUCAAAAACAGAGAGACCAUUGCCAGUGUCCGUAGUUUGCUGCUGCAGAAAAAGCUGCAUAAGUUUGAGUUGGCCUGUUUGGCCAACCUUUGCCCAGAGACUGCUGAGGAGUCCAAGGCUCUUAUCCCAAGCCUAGAGGGGCGAUUUGAAGAUGAGGAGCUGCAGCAGAUUCUGGAUGACAUCCAGACAAAGCGUAGUUUUCAGUAUUAGUCUCCAAACAUCACUGAGCCGCUUGGAGAGGACCACUGGGCUUCCCUUGGGACACUGUGUCUUGUGUCGGGUCAGCGUGCUGUUGAGACCUGCCUGGAGCCCAUGAUCCUGAGCCUCGAGGGGCCCGGCAGUGUCUACCUGUUGCCACGUAAGCUUGCUGCUGAGAAGGUUUGGGGCUGAUAUGCAGCCCAUGCUGUCAGCUACCUCAUACUGUGGUUUUUGGACCCCACAUUAUUUUUUUAUUCCUAACAUUUCAUGUUUUAAUAUUAAUGUGUUUGUAGUGUUUGAAAGUAAAUAAGAACAUAGAAAAUUUGUAUGGGAAAAAAUAGUCUUAUCUGGUUAUGAAAGAAAAGUUUAAACCAGACCAACAAUGUUGUGUGGAAUUCUUAAAAGAAGAACAAGAGGGGCUGAGGAGGUAGCUCGGCGAUCUAAGCAGCUGCUUGGCAGGCUCAAGGACCUGGGUCUG